AUGCCGGCGAACAACACAAUCAGCUGGAAACGCCUCUGUUGGGAGUUCAACAUAGAAUCUACUGUAUUUGCCCACCGAUUCAUCGCCAAUCGGCAGCUAACACGUUUUGAAAGAGUAUGGUGGGCUGUCUGGCUCGGCGUGUCAUUCAUAUCGUGCUGGUUCUUGGCAUUGACCACGUACCACAAAUGGUGCGAGAAUCCAGUUGUCAUCGUAUAUGCUCCACAACUUUCUCCGGUAUCUACGAUCCCCUUUCCGGCUAUAACGAUAUGUCCCCUCACCAAAACACGCGUCGAAGCAUUCAAUCUAACGGAAGUGUUCGAAAUGGUCAAGAACAAAUCUGUUCUGGAUGAAUACAGAGAGAGACAGCUGCGGGUUAUGGCACAUGUCUGUCCAUUUUCUCGUUACUGGAAAAAUUUCAGCGUGGAUCCAAAUGAAGCUGUUGUUGAAACAUUGCAAAACAUGUCCCUUUCGUUCGCUAAAACCAUAGCGCUGUGCGCUUGGCGAAAUAAGCUUGAAAUAUGCAAUCACUUAUUUACGGAAACUCUGGUAGAUGAUGGCUUUUGCUACACAUUCAACGAGUUGCUUCCCAAUGAAACGUAUCGGUUGAGUGAAAUUUCCGAGGAUUUCACAAGUUUUGCUACUUCAGCGAUUCCAUCCAGAUGGACACUGGAUGGCGGGUACGAUAAACAGGCUGGAUUGAAUGCCUUCCCACAUCGUGCACUGGCCAGCGGGAUAAAAUCCGGAUUGAUUUUCAUACCAGUGAUGCGGAAGAUCGAUCAGGAAUUUCUGUGCAGGGGUCCCUAUACCGGCUACAAAUUCGCCGUUCAUACUCCUGGUGAAAUCCCACUAACUGGAGACAAAUUUUAUCGUCUCAAUACGCUGAAUGCUCUUAUCUUAAUGGUUACUCCACGAGUGGUUAACACUGGAAACCAUCUCAUAUCACUUUCUCCGUCCAGACGCAGAUGCUUCUUCAACGACGAGCGUCAAUUGCGGUUCUUCAAAAGAUAUACUGAAAGCAAUUGCCUCAUGGAAUGCAUAUCCAAUUACACUUUGUACAAAUGCCAAUGUGUGAAAUUUUCCAUGCCUCGAACAGCCAGGAUGAAAGUGUGCGACGCCAGCAAAAUCGACUGCUAUCACAAAGUCUAUCAAGAUAUGUACAAUACCAAGGUGUCCAACAGUAUGGCUGGUAAUCCGGAAAGCAGGUGCAACUGUCUGCCCGCCUGCAAUUCCCUAGAAUAUGACGUAGAGAUUUCACAGUUCCCCUUCCACUUUCAUGAAUUGGCAGCGGCCCUUGAAAUACCGACUAUCGAUUACAAACGAGUUGAUCCAGCAGUGAUGAUUGUCGGUUUCAAGGAUCGACACUACCUACCGAUGUGGAGACGAGAACUGAUGGGUAUCACAGAUGCUGUGGCAAAGAUGGGAGGAUUCUUCGCACUGCUUGUGGGUGCCAGCAUGUUGAGCUUGGGGGAACUCGUGUACUACAGCUGCAUACGGCCAUUGCGAAGGGAACGACCUGUAGCAGGCGCCCCCCAUCAUGCACCGAUCUACCGAACGACUAAAUCGUCGAAGACGGACCUUUACCUCUCGGCCCCAAAUCGGCUACGGUUCUUCGCUAGUGCCAGUUGA